AUGAACUUCUCUGUAUCGUCUGGAGCAGGUCAAACACGCGAACUUGUCGUCAAGCAGGCGGAGAGGGUUGCGCGCCAUACGCUGGUUGCAGAUAUCAGCAAGCUCGAGGAAAGGAUUUCCGACGACGAACGCGAAUACGAAGCCAAGGCCGCCGAACGACAGAAGGAGCAGCGUCGAAAGGAACAAGAAUUGAAGGAGGCGGCCAUACAGAAUGUCGUGUCCGGAGCUAGCAGCAAGCUCUCAGGCAACUUGUUCGACAGGAUGCAGGGCCUCGCAAAGCUUCAUGAAUCCGCCAAAUCGGCCAUGAAGUUCGAACUUGGGCAACUGGCGAACGUGGGAAAGGGCGCGGGCAAGGCCACGCCAGCAAACGGAGGGUCUUCGACCUCAGUGCAUCGCCACAAAACGCUCAAAGACGACGAUCUAGUCCCGGACGACUCGGUGGACAACGGAGAGCAAGAAGAAGUAGAAGACGUGCUGGGCGGGGAAGGUCUUGAUUUGAGCUACCUCUGGGUGGUGGACGCGGGAAAAGUGCUGUCUCGAUCGAACAAAUCCACCUCCGACACGGAAGGCUCAUCUCACACCGCUAAAGGGGGCACUACUACCGACUCUGAGCAGGAGGCAGAGCAACGAAGGCCAGGAGACGACCGAGUAAGCGGUAACGGCGACGCCGAAGGGGUCGAAAACGAGCAAGGCAGCGGCGCACACGCCGCAAAGAAGGAGGGCGACGGUAGAUUACCCCUUGAUAAGGCAAGUGGCAAGAAAUCUCGAGAUGCCACCAACGGCGGCGGAGAAAACCUCGUUGGUUCCCUCGAACUUGGAGAUGGAGGCGGCGAAAACGCACAACCGAGCAUAGCCCAAGUGGACACCAAAGCGGAAAAGCGGGCUCGCAACACCGAGAAGCGCGGAGAAGCUGGCGGCGGCCGUGCCGGCGACAACGGCGACGCACGGCCUGAGCAGCCGCAAGUUAAAAAACGCAAGGGGAGACUCGUUCCCGGAAGCUUGGUGUUGACGUCUGUGUCGGCGGCGGACCUGCCGGACACAGAGAAGGGCGUGUUCUCCAAACAGGACCCGUAUCUCGUGGCCAGGUGGGGGGAACAGGAGGUGAGGACGAGCGCUAAGCGCGACUCCGGCAAGGCCUGCUCGUGGGUGAAGGAAGAGGUCGCGCUCCUUGUUCGCACGAAGAAGCAGCUCCAAGAGCCGAUAGAGAUCGAGGUGUGGAACGACAACGCCGGCGACAAGAAACCAAGUCCCGACGUCCUCAUCGGAAAAGGGUCCCUCCCCGUCAAGCACCUCGCCUCCGCCGAUCCCGCCGCUCCACCCCACACGACUGGCGGUGGAGGCGGCAGCAGCGGUGGCGGCGGCGGCGGCAGCGCCUCUGCCGGGGUAGGGAAACGCAGGAAUCGCGGGGGCGAUGGCGACGAGCGGAACGACAACUACACAGAUGACGAAGGGGGGAGUGACGGGGGGGUGGUGGUCACAGUGGCUCUCGUGCCGGGCGACCGGAGGGCACGGAAGAAAAAUAACGCGACGGCUGGCGUCGUCACCCUCACGCUGGCGUACACCCCACCCAGGAGGAAGCCUCCCAGGGCCACGAAUGAGCAGGAGGCGGCGGAGGCGGCGGCCGCGCAGGCCAGGCGAGAAGGCGACCGGACCGCGACUGAAACGGACGACGACGCCCUCAGCAGCAUCGCGGGGCUUUCUGCGUGGUCCAUCCAGGGGAAACGAAAUCACCUGUCUGUCCAAGAGUUGGGGGCUGUGAUGUCCCAGACAUUGGAAGGCUUCAACAUCAGGGAAGAGCUUGGCAAGAUCGAGUUCGUGCAGGGGAUCAUCAACGAAGGAUUCGGCCAACGCGGAGCGUUUGCCUACAUUCAAGAGGAACACUUGGUCGGACACCCAAUCUAUGCCCCCCGCGGCGCUCGGAAGCGUUUGCUGGCCCUUGCGGAGCUGAUUCGUCUGCAGAUGAGAGCGGAAAAGGAGAAAGUUACGGCCGUGGAGGACAUCGCCGAGGACGGGUCGCCGUUCUGGUCUCCAGCGCUCGAGCGGGGCUACACGACUGAUGGAGUUGCGUUCUUCGAUACGCUGGCGGCGAUGAACUAUUCCCUCGAGGAGGAUAGGGCCAAACUCGAGUUGACGAAAACGAAUGAGUUCACCACCCAACAACAGGAUGCUCCUCCUCAACCCAAGCCCCCCAAGCCGCGCAGCGCCGCCAAGGAGAAGGUUGACGUUUGGUUAGACCAUGCCGAUCGGUUCAAGAACGGUGCGAUACCAAGAGAAGCGGUCAAGACCGUCAUAAGGGACGCCCUUCUCCUCAACGGGCUGCCGUCCCCGCGAGAGUCCGACGCCAAGAUCAGCCUGCAGCACGCCUCCACGGACGACCAGGGGCUGCGCUUCGACCGGAGCAAGCUCGGGGUCGAGCUGGAACAUCUCAUUCGCAGGGAGUUGUUUAUUCUUUGA